UUGUGUUGUCUUGCGGACGUCCAACAGAUGAACGCUCGUCAAGAAGAACGUCCUCUUCAGCAGCAGGAGGAUCCACAGCCCCCCCACAUUAAAGAGGAAGAGGAGGAAGUGUGGAUCACUCAGGAGGAAGAGUUUCUUCCAGGGCAGGAUGAGACUGAUCUCAGCAAGUUUCCAUUGACUGUUGUCUCUGUGAAGACUGAAGAGCAUGAAGACAAACCACCUGAGUCCUCACAGCUUCAUCACAGUCCAAACGUCCAGCAGCCCCCUCACAUUAAAGAGGAUGAGGAGGAAGUGUGGAUCACUCAGGAGGAAGAGUGUCUUCUAGGGCAGGAGGAGGCUGAUCUCAGCAAGUUUCCACUGACUGUUGUCUCUGUGAAGACUGAAAAGCAUGAAGACAAACCACCUGAGUCCUCACAGCUUCAUCACAGUCCAAACGUCCAGCAGGUGUCAGCAGAGAGUCAUGAAGAGAUUCCCUCCAAGCAGCAGGAAUGGAGCUCCAGUGUGGGACAGAAGGAGCUACAGGCCCCCUCCCACAUUAAAGAGGAGCAGCUUCAUGAUGAAGAUGUAGCUCGGUCCUUACAGCUUCAUCACAGUCAAAGUGAGGAGAACAUAGGGGCGGAGCUUGUAAGUCAACACAUCACAGAAGCUGAUGGAGAGCAUUGUGAAGAUAUAAAGUCAGAACCAGACAGCAUCUUUGCUCCACUGUCAGACAUGGACCACAUGAUGUCAGACUCUUCUGAUUACAGUGACCACAUCCAAAAACCUUUGGAGAGUAAAAAUGACUCUAAAGGUGAUACUAGACAUCACACUAACAACAAACACUUUGACUGCUGUGAAUGUGGGAAAUCAUUUAGACUCAAGAGUAAUUUUACAGUACACAUGAGAAUACAUACUGGAGAGAAACCUUUUCCUUGCUCUGUUUGUAAGAAGAGUUUCCCCACGAAGCGUGCCAUGACCAGACACAUGAGAACACAUACUGGAGAGAAACCUUUUACUUGCUCUGUUUGUAUGAAGAGUUUCUCCACAAAGCAACAAAUGACCACACACAUAAGAACACACACUGGAGAGAAAGCUUUUGCUUGCUCUUUUUGUAGGAAGAGUUUCUCCGUGAAGCCUGCUAUGACCACACACAUGAGAACACACACUGGAGAGAAACCUUUUCCUUGCUCUGUUUGUAAGAAGCGUUUCUCCACAAAGCUUGUCAUGACCAGACACAUGAGAACACAUACUGGAGAGAAACCUUUUACUUGCUCUGUUUGUAAGAAGAGUUUCUCCAGAAAGGUUGACAUGACCACACACAUGAGAACACACACUGGAGAAAAACCUUUUCCGUGCUCAGUGUGUCCCAAAAAAUUCUCCAUAAAUGAGCAAAUGAAAAGACACAUGAGAACACACACUGGAGAGAAGACUUUUACUUGCUCUGUUUGUAAGAGGGGUUUCUCCACAAAGCCUGACAUGUCCAUGCACAUGAGAACACAUACUGGUGAGAAACCUUUUACUUGCCCUGUUUGUAAGAAGAGUUUCUCCAGAAAGCGUAACAUGACCACACACAUGAGAACACAUACUGGAGAGACACCUUUUACUUGCUCUGUGUGUAAGAAGAAUUUCUCCAGAAAGCUCACCAUGACCACACACAUGAGAAUACAUACUGGAGAGAAACCUUUCACUUGCUCUGUUUGUAAGAAAAGUUUCUCCAGAAAGCUUGACAUGACCACUCACAUGAGAACACAUACUGUAGAGAAACCUUUUACUUGCUCUGUUUGUAAGAAGAGUUUCUCCACAAAGCUUGUCAUGACCAGACACAUGAGAACACAUACUGGAGAGAAACCUUUUUCUUGCUCUGUUUGUAAGAAGAGUUUCUCCAGAAAGAUUGACAUGACCAUACACAUGAGAACACAUACUGGAGAGAAACCUUUUACCUGCCCUGUUUGUAAGAAGAGUUUCUCCAGAAAACAAUACAUCACCACACACUUGAGAACACACACUGGAGAGAAACCAUUUAGUUGCACUGUGUGUGAUAAAACAUUUAGGUUUAAGUAUCAGGUCAGUAAACACAAGUGUGUAACAGUCACGGAAGCUGCAGGGAUUUAAAAACACUUGAACAGUGAUUGUGCUAAAAGUAUUCUAAAAACACAGCAUGUUUAAUAUGAAUGUGUAUUUGAUGUUGUAUGUAGUGCUUCUCAUCUUUUAGUGUUAUAUGUUGUCCUGUACUUACUUUUUAAGUUGUGUGCAUAUAUUGAAUAUUGUACAAGUAGCUACUAUUGUAUUCUAUUUUCUCAUUGCUGAAGAGAGGACAUCUUAUUAUUUUCAUUUGUUGUUUUCCACAAAUUUUCCAUUGCAAUGUAUUGAUGUUAUUAUCCAAUUAAAAGUAUGAUUUAAUAAGUUUAUGGACUCUGGUAGAUCAGCAGCAUUGUUAUAUCAUGGAUGUUAACUACUGCAAAACAUCAACAAAGAAGAAAAAAGCUGACGUUAGCAACACAUCACUGAACUUAAGAGCCAUCGCGUGUGGAGUUGGUUGUUUUUAUUGCUGCAUUUGUACUUAUUUCACCUCACAUCUUCACUUUUAAUCCUAAAGUCUUCAAAUAUUGUUGUAGGCUUUUAAGAUUCAUGUUUAUGAUGUGUGUGUAGUCUA